AGAGCAUGUUCUGUUCGGUCUGAUCUCCCUUCACUUCUCCUUAAAAUCCAUUAACUCAACUCAAACUGGCCAUGGCUUCUUCAAGUUUCACCCUUUCUCCUCUGAAACUGCUCCACCACAACAGGAAAUCUCAUUUUCAAAAUCGAAACCCUUUUGUUUCAUUAAAGAGCAGCAAACACUCUUUCUCUUUGAAGCCCCACUUCAGUUUCACCUUUACUCAACGGUUUGUCUCUCAAUCAAGGCCGUUCUUCAGUCCCCUCACGUGUUUUUGUCAGGAAUCAGAGCCGUCUAUUACUGUUGAUGCAACUAGAAAACCUGAGGAGAGGGUAAUUGUUUUGGUUAUUGGCGGAGGGGGUAGAGAGCAUGCACUUUGUUCUGCUUUGAAGCGAUCUAGCUCGUGUGAUUCUGUAUUUUGUGCACCUGGAAAUGCAGGGAUAUCUAGCUCAGGGGAUGCAACUUGUAUCCCUGAUCUUGAUGUUUUUGACAGCAAAGCUGUAAUUUCAUUCUGCCAGAAAUGGGGUGUGGGACUAGUUGUUGUUGGACCUGAGGCUCCUCUUGUUGCUGGUCUUUCUAAUGAUCUUGUAAAAGCUGGAAUUCCUUCCUUUGGCCCUUCAUCAGAAGCUGCUGCUUUGGAAGGUUCUAAGAACUUCAUGAAGAAUUUGUGUGACAAAUACGGAAUUCCUACUGCUAAGUAUAAAACAUUUACAGACCCAUCUGCUGCAAAGAAGUAUAUUCAAGAGCAAGGAGCACCUAUUGUCGUUAAAGCAGAUGGAUUAGCUGCUGGAAAAGGAGUCAUUGUUGCUAUGACACUGGAGGAGGCAUAUGAAGCUGUUGAUUCAAUGCUCAUUGAAAAUGUUUUUGGUUCUGCUGGGUGUCGAAUCAUUAUUGAAGAGUUUCUUGAAGGGGAAGAAGCAUCCUUUUUUGCCCUUGUGGAUGGAGAGAAUGCCAUACCUCUAGAAUCUGCUCAGGACCAUAAAAGAGUUGGUGAUGGUGAUAUGGGGCCAAACACUGGUGGGAUGGGGGCAUACUCUCCAGCACCUAUCUUGACAAAAGAACUUCAGUCUGUGGUCAUGGAAUCUAUAAUUCUCCCUACCGUGAAGGGAAUGUCAGCAGAGGGCUGUAAGUUUGUUGGUGUCUUGUAUGCUGGGCUCAUGAUUGAGAAGAAGUCUGGCUUACCUAAGCUAAUUGAGUAUAAUGUGCGAUUCGGAGAUCCAGAGUGCCAGGUAUUGAUGGUGCGCUUGGAGUCUGAUCUGGCACAAGUUCUGCUUGCAGCAUGUAGGGGAGAGCUAACUGGUGUGGCACUGAACUGGUCUCCAGGCUCUGCCAUGGUGGUCGUAAUGGCAAGCAAGGGUUACCCAGGAUCCUAUGAGAAAGGCACUGUCAUACGAAAUCUUGAAGAGGCAGAACAAGUUGCUCCAUCUGUCAAGAUAUUCCAUGCAGGAACUGCACUUGACUCUGAUGGCAACUUCAUUGCCACUGGAGGCCGUGUUCUCGGGGUUACUGCAAAGGGGAAAGAUCUUGAAGAAGCACGAGAUCAAGCUUAUCAGGCUGUAGAGGAAAUUAACUGGCCAGGAGGGUUCUACCGGCGAGAUAUCGGAUGGAGAGCACUUCCCCAAAAACAAUUUGCCUCACAAGGGUAAAUUUUUGUCCAGAAACUAGGGGUGGCUCAUUUGAGAACACACAUAUCAUUCAAUGUUAACUGUUGAAAAUGGCUUAUAGAGUUAUCAAAAUAAUGUAUUAAAAAAGUGUUUCUGAGUUGAGCGAAAUUCAGUUACCUGAGAAACUUCAGCUUUGUUCUACUUAGAUUAAAGAUUCAAACAAAGAAACUCCUAAACCUGCUAUACUAAUUCAAUACACAGAAUCUGCAAGAUUCACUA